UUUCUGCAGCGCUCUAAAAGAUUACUUCCGAGUCAAAGGUUAUUGUAGUUGAACAAGAUGGCGGCCCCCUUAGAGUUGUUUUGCUGGAAAGGGAGUUGGGGUUUGCCUUCUGUUGAUACCGACAGUCUAAUUGUUUUGGCAUAUGCUCGAUUUGCUGGAACCCCACUGAAAGUUCACAAGAUCUCCAACCCCUGGAGGAGUCCCACAGGUUCACUCCCUGCUCUGAAGACCAAAGAGGAUGGGAGCUUCUCUCAACCCAGCAAGAUUAUCAUCCAGCUCAGGAAACAGAAAUACAAUGCAGACUACGAUCUGUCCGCGAAAGAAGGAGCCGACACACUUGCUUUUAUCUCUCUGGUGGAGGAAAAGCUGAUGCCUGCUCUGAUUUAUGCUCUGUGGAUUGAUCCUAAGAACUAUGUUGAGGUGACACGUCGCUGGCAUGCAGAGAAUAUCUCCUUUCCACUGAACUUUUUCCUGCCGAGCCGCAUGCAGUGCCAGCAGCUGGAGAGAGUGCGACUCAUGCGGGGAAACAGCACUCUGGAGGCCGGCGAGGAGGCUGAGAAAGAGCUGUACAGUGAUGCGCUGGAGUGCAUGAAUCUUCUCUCUCAACGCCUCGGCUCGAACAGAUUUUUCUUCGGGGACUCGCCCUCCUCCCUCGAUGCUUAUGUGUUUGGACACUUGGCACCUCUACUGAAGAUCAGGCUGCCCAGCAGCAAACUACAGCAGCACCUGAAGGCUCUAGACAACCUGACCAACUUCUGCUCUAACAUCCUGUCCCUGUACUUCCCCGAUGAGAACCGAGAAGGAAUGGGUCAGCCGGCAUCCAAUGUGCAGGAGGGGAGUGACUUCGACCACGAGCCUUAUAAGAGACGCAAGCAGCUGCUGUCUGUCCUGGUAGCUGUAGCAGCCAUGCUGGGCUACGCUCUCCUCACAGGCAUUGUUGCUAUUGAGCAUGUGAAGGAGGAGGGGUCAAGAGGACACACCGCCUCCAUUGAACUUCAGGAUGAAGAGGAGGAGUGAUGGAGGGAGGAGUGGGAAAUAAAUGGGAACACUUAAUAUAUCUGGUGGACAGAAAUUUUCACUGGAGAUUCACACUAUGAGGAAGGUUAAGAUUACGAUGUGUCUUUUCUAAUCAUAGAAAUUUGAAUGGGAUUUGGGCUUUGCUUUUUUUCCCCUGCAUAUAUGACAUCAUUUAUCUUUCUGUUUUUCAGUUCUUUAUCACGUGGUGCUAUAAGGGUUUCUAGUUUCCACAUUAUGGACAUUAGCUUUUCAUUGUACCACAUCUGAAAUGUACUAUGAAGAGUACUAUGUUUUAUGAUCUGACUUGAAAGUGAUAAUCAGAUAUGGCCCGUGCUUCAAGUCUAAUUUCUAUGGGUUAUAGACUAGGUGGUAAAUGCUCUGUAUCUUAAUUGACAUAUUACUUUCAUCUAGUAAACAUUUUGGUGAAAUUCCAUUGGUGGACCAACUAAUAACAUCUCAACUCGAUCUGUAGUCUCUGUUCAUAGCACUUAGAUGAAAAGCUCUUUUGCCUUGUUGCCUUGUCCACUGAGCCACACAUUCUGUUGAUCUGUGCAAUGUUCAAACCAGUAAUGAUGUUCAAGGGACAUUAGUGCUUAGGUCACUGAUUUAUUUAUUAUUUUUUUAAUUGAAAUUUUUAUGUUUGUUCCAAAGGCUUAAAAACACAUUGUAAGUCAACAUUUGAAACAAGAGCUUUAAUAAAGUGUUAUUUGCCUGGUUGCAACAAAACAUCA